AGGUAUGUGUUGUUUGCCCAGUGUGUGUGGGGUGUCAUCAUCCUGGGCGGGAAGGAGUUUGAUUGGCUGGGGCCCAGGGUAGCAGGAGGUGACCUCUCUCCACCUACUGUAAUAUAAAGGAUGGCGAGUGCAUACCCAGGUGGACUGGGCAGUGCCAAGGAGCGGUUGGAUGGGCUUGGGCCGACUGGGCUUGGUGGAUUGGGUGGAGGUGGGCUGGGCGGACUUGGUGUGGCGAUGUCGAUGGCUAGAGGCAUGUCUACUGGAGAUAGAUUAAAUAUGGGUAAUAACAAUAGUGGAAUGGUGUGUCCAUUAUGUCGCAGUAGCUUGGAGGAUGCUCGUGUACUGCCUUGUCUUCAUGCUGUAUGUGGCCCAUGUUUGGACUCGCUCCUUGUGGGCACUACCUUGGACUGUCCUACGUGUCAUACCGAACUCAACCUCGACCAGCCAUUAGAUGCACUCAAUCCUCCACUCUUCCUGCCUUCUAUUCUUGAAAUGGUAUCUGCAGAUGAUGAGAUUACAAACCCCCCACCUCCAACCAGUAUGGUCAGUCCCAAUGCACCUCAUGUCAACAACCGGGAGCAGUUACCUCCAAUAUCGCUCUUACACAAGGAACUAGCAGUCAACAGUCGAAAUUCCCUCUAUCUAUGUGCAAGUUGUGAUGACAGGCAGGCUGCCACAUCACGCUGUCGGGACUGUAAUGAUGCCCUCUGUGACAACUGUGUUCGUGCACAUCAGCGUGUUCGCCUUACUAAAGAUCACUUCAUUGUUCGAUUACCAAAUGAAGAUGGCAAUAAUGGUAUUGGUAGCAGUGGUAAUGGCAACUUAGGUGGAGUUCGCACACAUUAUCAAGAAGACAAUUGUCAUUCACCACACAGUCUGGCUUCGCCCCCUCCAGCAAUUUCUUCACAUAGUUCUCCACAUCAGUCUGUUGUAUAUUGUAAUAUGCAUGAUGGAGAGGUGAUUAGACUUUACUGUGAAAUGUGCAAUGCUGCCAUCUGCAGAGAGUGCACUCUGCGCGAUCAUUGUGGCCAUUCUUUUGUGUACUUGCAGGAUGCUGCUGAGACAUCUCGCUCUGUCACGAUGAAGCUGCUGACUGAGGCUAGGACUGGAAUUAGAGCUAUUGAAGAUAGUAUUGGUGUAACAAAACGUAUGGUGGAUCAUGUGGACCUUCGUGCUCAAGCUGUAGCCAGUGAUGUUCGCACCACUACACGUCGUCACAUAUCAGCAUUGGAAGAUCGUGAGCGGAAGUUGUUGCACAAGGUGGAAAGAAUUCGUCAGCUUAAAGGCAAAACUCUUCAAGACCAAAUUGAUGACCUCAGUACUGCCCUUGCAAGGCUUACACAUACUGUUGACCUUGGCUCUUCUGUGGAUUCUGCUAAUCAUCUAGAGCUGCUUAAAACUCGGGACAAACUUAUAGCAGAGAUGAAUGAACAGAGACAGAUUAAAGCCCAUCUUAACCCUUAUGAAGAUGAUAACAUUGUGUUCACUCCUCCUGAUAAUUCUCUCUACCAAGCCAUCAGCACAAUGGGUUUUAUUUCUUCUUCAGGGUAUGCUCUGAAUUCAAUUGCUGUAGGUACUGGACUGAAACGAGCAUUAAGAGGUAAAGUAGCCACUUUUGUAGUGCAUGGGAAAGACCAUCUUGCAGACCAGAGGCAUACUGGUGGUGAUCAGGUAACAGUGAUGGUUCAUGGCCCUGAUGGCAUGUCUUCAGCGGCUGAUGUUGAGGAUCGCAAGAAUGGCUCUUAUUUGGUUAGCUACCAACCCCAGGUAGAAGGGCAGCACGUAAUUGCUGUGCUUAUGCGUGGAAUGCACAUACAAGGGUCUCCAUUCACUGUACAAGUAAAAACUGGGAGAAAUUAUUCCUCAGUGGGAAAUGUAUUACUAACCAUAGGUGGUGAAGGAGAAGAGGAGGGUCAGUUAUGUCGGCCAUGGGGAGUUUGCUCUGAUAAAGAUGGCUUUAUCAUCAUUGCUGACCGCAGCAAUAACCGAAUACAAGUCUUCAGCCCAGAUGGUACCUUCCACCAUUCCUUUGGAACAGCUGGAUCACGGCCAGGGCAGUUUGACAGGCCUGCCGGAGUGGCUGCAGAUCACAUGGGAAGGAUUAUUGUGGCCGAUAAAGACAAUCACCGCAUCCAAGUCUUUACAUUUGAUGGGAAUUUCUUGUUCAAGUUUGGUGAGAAGGGAAGCAAGAAUGGGCAGUUCAACUAUCCUUGGGAUGUUGCUAGUAAUCCAGAAGGCCACAUUGUCGUUUCUGAUACCCGAAAUCACAGGAUCCAACUCUUUCGACAUGAUGGCACUUUUUUGAAUAAGUAUGGAUUUGAGGGUGCUCUGUGGAAACAUUUUGAUUCACCACGAGGUGUCUGCUUCAAUCUUGAAGGUCACAUUGUCGUCACAGAUUUCAAUAAUCACCGACUACUUGUGAUUCAUCCCGAUUUUCAGUCGGCAAGAUUUCUUGGAAAUGAAGGCAUGGGAACUGGACAGUUUUUGAGACCACAGGGAGUGGCUGUUGAUCAAGAAGGACAUAUAAUUGUGGCAGAUUCUAGAAACCACCGUAUCCAAAUAUUCCACCCCAAUGGCAGUUUCAUGUGCAUGUUUGGAAUACCUGGCUCUUCACCUGGCCAACUUGACCGCCCCAGUGGAAUCUGUGUCUCGCCAGAUGGCUACAUUAUUGUAGUAGAUUUUGGGAACAACCGAGUGCAGGUAUUCUAAUGACCCAGACUGGUGUAAUUUUUAAUGUUUUAUAUUUGAUAUACAUCUGUCUGUGAGCUUUAGCGAGCAAUGUUUUUUUUUUUAACUCGCCAUAAGUGUCUUGCAUACCAAGUAUACAAAGUACAAAGUGAGAAAACAGCGUACAAAUUCUACAGGUAUAUUGGUGUGUGUAGACUCUCCACAGUAGUUCACUUGUUAAUGGAGAAUGAUACAGGGUAUACUUUUAUUGUCAGAGGCUUCAAACAUUUGUAAAUAUACUUUAACAGUUUUAUUUGGCUAGCUCAGAACAAUAGGCUCUAGAUUAGAUGAAUAAAUGAAAAAUAAUUCUCUGGCCAUUGAAAAGGAUGGAUAGCUUGAUAGAUGGAUUUUAAUGUGGUGCUCUCAAUAGAUUACCUCUGUGUUCCUUACCACAAUAUUUCUUGUGGUCUUAGAAUAAUAUAUACUAGUAUAUCUCAGAAUGGUUACUCAGGGAUCCAUUUUUAUUUUUUUUGGCUUAUAUUCAUCAUUCCAGACGUGUAAGUUAGCUUACUUAUCGGAGGUCCUUGCAUACUUGUGUGUACUUCUGCAUGAACUCGCCUAUUUGUGGUUUCAGGGGUUGAGUCUCAGCUCCUGGCCCAAGGUGUGUUUUGCACAUGCACCCUUGUACAGGCAUACAUUGUAGUACUCAUGAAAUUUAGCAGUUGAUUUAGGGCCCAUGAGCACCAGGUCAAGGUUCCGCUGGUUGAUGUUUGAAACUCAAUAUUAUUAAAUAUUGUACUGUAUUUCCAUUGUAAAAAAUCAUUGCAGAUCAGCAUUUUUAAUGCAUUUUUAGUCUGUAGAGUAUAUUUUUAGCAUCUGCAAAAUGCCAAAAUCAAACAGAUUUCAUAGAAAUUUGAAAUUGCAAUUAAAUUGUGUCAGAAAUAUCCAAUAUUAUGUAAAAAAUGCAGUAGUAUUUAGAAAAAUUUAGUAAGACAGUGUUCAGCAUACCAUGUAUUUGGGCACAUACAAGUAACUUUAUUGUAUAUGCACCAGCAAGUAACCUUGGCCUGGCCAACAACCCCUCAGCAAUGUUCAGUAACUUAACAACUCUGCAUAACUACCUCACUCGUUAGGGUUAAGAUGCAGCUAUUAUAAGCUUGUUAUGUUGAUAACAUAUACAUACCAUAUCUUAACAUGAAAUUUGGUGCUGCUUACGCACAUUUGGAGAUAAAAAUCUAAUAGGCUGGUUAGUGCGCCUAGCGUUAGUGGUAAGUUUUCCUUACAAAAAAUAAAACGGGUGUAGUAUCAUACAGUAUCAAUUAAGUUUGUUUUCACUUUAGAUUGUGUCACUUUGUGACUAUAAUUAAGGUUUAGUGCACAGCCUUUUUUUUUUUUUCCAAGGAAAUGCCUUGAAAUGCUAAGUUAGUUGAUCUUCAUGAUGGCAGGAGUUUAAUAAUUUGAGUAUUGUGGAAAGGGCAGAAUUCAUGUGCCAGUACAGCUAGUAGUUAAAAAUUGGUAUUUGUAGACUGUUUGCAGUUACCACAGCCUCCCUCCCAGAGGACCACCUGGUUAGUGUGGCUGGUGGUGCCUGUUUGCAGUUACCACAGCCUUCCUCCCAGAGGACCACCUGGUUAGUGUGGCUGGUGGUGCCUGUUUGCAGUUACCACAGCCUCCCUCCCAGAGGACCACCUGGUUAGUGUGGCUGGUGGUGCCUGUUUGCAGU